UUCUGUUCCGCCCCGCCCCGCCCCGAAGCAGCGCGAAACGACACACGCGAGCUAUCCCGACAGUAGGAAGCGAGACGGGGCCAGUAGGAAGCGCCAAGCAGCAACGCAGCGCAUCCACUCGUCAUCGGCAAACCAACACCCCCGGCCCGGCCGCGGGCGGCUGCGCUCACACUCCACUCCCCUGACGGCCUGACCCCGCGCGCACAAGCAACAGCAGCCCGAUGGCCGCACCGUCCUCCGCCGCCACAGCCUGCUUCGUCUCCCCGCUCCCGCCGCCUCGCCGCCCGCGUCAUUUCCUCAGGCACCUCGCGCGCGCCGCCGCCGCCGAGCCCACGCCCGCCUCCGCCUCCUCGUUCGCCCUCCCGUCGCCAUGGCCGUGGGCGCGGCGGCUCCGCGACCUGGUCCCCGCCGAGGCCGCGGGCCGGCUGCUGUCGUCGGCCGCGGGCUCCCUCAUCGUCGCGCUCGCCUCCGCGUCGCUCGUCCUCGGCGACGCCGGCGCGGCCUCCGCGUUCGUCGUAUCCACGCCGCGGAAGCUGCAGGCGGACGAGCUCGCCACCGUGCGCCUCUUCCAGGAGAACACACCCUCCGUCGUCUACAUCACCAACCUCGCCGUCAGGCAGGACGCGUUCACGCUCGACGUGCUCGAGGUGCCGCAGGGGUCCGGGUCCGGCUUUGUCUGGGAUAAGAGCGGCCACAUCGUCACCAAUUUCCAUGUCAUCCGUGGCGCGUCAGACCUUAGGGUCACACUUGCUGAUCAGUCAGUGUAUGAAGCACAAGUUGUUGGAUUUGACCAGGACAAGGAUGUUGCUGUUUUGCGUAUCGAAGCACCAAAGGAUAAACUAAGACCUAUACCUGUUGGUGUGUCAGCAGACCUACUGGUUGGUCAGAAAGUAUAUGCCAUUGGAAACCCAUUUGGCCUUGACCACACUCUUACAACAGGUGUUAUCAGUGGAUUGCGCCGAGAAAUCAGUUCAGCUGCCACAGGACGUCCUAUACAAGAUGUGAUACAGACUGAUGCUGCUAUCAACCCUGGUAACAGUGGUGGUCCACUCCUUGAUAGUUCUGGAAACUUGAUAGGUGUAAACACAGCUAUAUACUCGCCCUCGGGAGCAUCAUCUGGUGUUGGGUUUUCCAUUCCGGUCGAUACAGUUGGGGGCAUUGUGGACCAACUUAUAAGGUUUGGCAAGGUGACAAGGCCUAUUUUGGGAGUAAAAUUUGCCCCCGAUCAAUCUGUGGAGCAGCUUGGAUUAAGUGGAGUGCUUGUCCUGGAUGCUCCUCCAAACGGACCAGCCGGCAAAGCGGGUCUGCAGCCAACCAAACGAGAUCCCUAUGGUCGGCUUAUCCUGGGUGACAUAAUUACCUCUGUGAAUGGCACAAAGGUGACAAACGGAAGCGACCUGUACCGGAUACUGGAUCAGUGUAAAGUCGGGGAAACGUUGCUAAGACUCUGGACUGCGUGGUGUGUAAGGUGACCGUGGAAGUCCUGCGUGGCGAUCAUAAGGAGAAGAUCCCCGUGGUCCUCGAGCCGAAGGCCGACGAAUCAUAGCGAACCCAGGUUCUUCUGUACCAUAGCCUGAUCAGUUUGUCACUUUGGGACAAGACAAGAGGCGGGCGUCUUAAGCAUUUUCGCCUGGUGUAUUUUCUGCAGCAGACGCGCAAAUACACAAGGGCGCGUGUCCUAGCAUUUUCGCCUUCGUUCGCUGUACAUAAUUCCUGCUGGUCUGCUGGAGAAGAAGGGGGGUACUAUCCAGGUCGCCGCCCGUAAUGCCGUCUCAGCAUUUUCUGUGUGUGUGCGUGUGUGCUGUAGCAUGUCGGCAUCCUACAGUGCUUUAGAGUUUAUAGAUAGAUGGCCUACCCUUAUUAAUACGAGAUGUUGAUCAGAUGACCAUCCAUCCAGGGAAGGGAAACUGCGGGUAGAGGACCAAUGAGCUUACUGAUAUCACGGAUCACCUAAACCUUUUUGACCAAAAAAAA